GUUUAGAUCCUAGAAGAAGGUAGUUCGUGGAUAUUUUACAAAUCGUCUCAAUAGGUUCAGUCGGAGAAGAGAUAAACAAAAGUUCUUUGUUAUGAAACAGUGAAGCAGAAAAGUUACGUUGCUUUCGUAGAAUGAAACGUUGAUCGAAAUAAAAGAAAAUAAUUUUUAUUAUUAAAUCCUAACCGCAGAAAAGUGCUUUAUUUUGACAAUUUUCAAUGCAAAAGUGUGAUAAACUUAGAGACUUUUCGAUUAGAAAUUAAAAGUUAAUCCGAAUGAGACAUACAACAUAGUUCAAUUAAAGUUGCAAUUGCUGACGAACGGAGUCGUUUUUAACAUAGUUUCGCGUAUUACUGGACGCCAAUAUAUUGUUUUUGUCGAGCUGAUAUACAGCAAGAUCUCUUGGCUGUGACGAAAGCCUUUAGCCAACGCGGCAGUAUUCAUUCAACUAACCAAGGCAUACUUUUUUUUUGUGUCCACGACUAAUGCACAUAAGGUCAUCACCAAUACGAAUCUAACAGAAACUAGCCACUUCAUCGUAAGACUUUUAAUUUUUCCUCGUUGUGAUGAAAUCGUUUACUCCGAACGAGUGAACCGUUCAUCAACCACAAAAUCAGUUAUUAUCCGUCGCAAGAGUUUUGCUAUCAAUCGUUGACGAAAAGGCUUCGGUCUGGAACCAAUUCAGGAUACGCAGUUUUUGAAUUUAUCAUUUUGAUUGAUUUUGAUAGAAAUUUAAAUUUUUGUGUGUCGAAGCGAACGAAAGGGAUUUCCGUUAUAAUAUUGGACAUAGCCCACCGACAGUGAUAAAACUAACACUCAGUUGUUGUUGUUAUUUUAAUGAUAGGAAGCGGCCAACGGGCACGCCAACGGAUCAUCUGCAACAAAUAGUAGCAGUAACGCAACAAUGGUUAAAACAUUUCAAGCUUAUUUACCGCCAGCAAAUCGAACUUAUUCAUGUGUUCACUGUAGAGCACACCUAGCUAGUCAUGAUGAGCUAAUAUCAAAGUCGUUCCAAGGCUCUCAAGGUCGCGCCUAUUUAUUUAACUCAGUAGUUAACGUAGCCUGCGGUCAAGCCGAAGAACGUGUACUACUGACUGGACUACAUGCCGUGGCAGACAUAUACUGUGAAUGUUGCAAAACACCACUGGGAUGGAAAUAUGAACAUGCAUUUGAAUCUAGCCAAAAAUACAAAGAAGGAAAGUACAUAAUCGAACUAGCGCAUAUGAUAAAGGAGAACGGCUGGGAUUGAUCUCAAUAAUAAAAUGUUUAAAUGAACUUCGUUACGCGAUCAAGUUCAUCUAAGGAAAAACUAAUUUUUUUAUUGUAAUUCAACAUUCGCACAAAUUAGUCGCCAAUUCGUACGUCAGUGAAAUGGGAAAGGGGGGCACCGACGCUCGGAAAUGUUUAUCGAAACAAGUUUUAAGUCGUCGAAUAUGAUCCACCCGAUCGGCAGCCACUAAUUGCCCGGAUACAACAAACGAGUGGUUGUCCGAUCUAGCAACAGUUUAGAUUUUAUCGAUCCUAUACCGACCACCCUAUUGGAACGUGAAAAGUGUUUUCGAUUUUAUCGUAUAAAUAUGGAAUGUUUUAUGUAAUGGAUACUAAAAACUGCGAACACUUUUCCAGUGAAAUUUGUUUCUUUUUUAUUUUUUAUUUUUAAUGAUACUAAAUGAUACUAAAUCCGAUUACGUAUGGUUUCCGUGGAAAAAUGAUUUUUUUUUAUGUUUAACAUACCGAACAGACAUUGAUACGAAUUUCACUUUUUAUUGAUUUUGAUUUUGUGAGUAAGAGAAACCUUUUCUUGUCAAGACGAAUGAUUGUUUGAGCUUGGUAGAUACAUUGUGCUCUAUGUGAAAAUAUUGGCAGAGAAACAUAACUUUCUGUAAAACGGAAUAUUUUGCGUAGUCAGCUCCAACGAAUAAAUGGAGAAUCUGUGCUGCUCGAGCAGUGUCAAAAUCUCUUCAAGUUACAACAAAUCGGAACGACUCUUCUAACAAUGAACAAGUUCGAGCGAUAUGAUCGACGUUAACGAGACGUUAAUAUUAGUGGUUCUAUGCUAUCCAGGGCAUAUUUUCUACCAAAUUUUAGUGAUUUUAAAAAUGAAAUCCACACAAUUAAGUAUGCCAUUUCCGGUUAAAAUUUAACUUUGACACCAACAUCACUCAAUCAUUUACUCUUAAUAUUACCGCAGAAGUAGCUACUGCCAUGGAAUUACAACUUCCAUCAAUUUAUCGCAUUUUCAUUGCGAAUGCGAUAUGAAUAAGUUCCUACUGGCGAAUGCUUGUAAAUAAGACUCGUAACAGGUCGAUUUUAGUGCAUGAAGACUGCAAGACAUGAUAAACUAACAUUGAAAUUUUGACAUAAAAUGUUGUACGUUCCCGUGGUUCGAAUCUUACAACGCUUGCUUCUUACGCAAGAGGGCUCAAAUCUACUUCGGAUGAUUAGAAAGAAAAUUUUUGUUUCCAAAUUUCAAGUUGAUUUCUCAUGCCUUGCAGUCUUCAUGCACUAAUUUAUAUGAAAGUAAAAUGUUCGGAUUAACCGACAAAGCAAUACAACAUUUGAAUAAGGUCGAUUUUAACCUGACCGGAACCUGAAUCAUUCGCCCUGAACAGAUUCAGGUCAUGUUCAGGUUUCUCAUUAAAAUUAUCUGAACCUAAUCAAAUGUACCGUUGACCUGACAUGACCUGAUCCAGCCUGAAACAAAAAUUUAUUUAGAAAUUUAAAUGGAAAAUUGCAAAAAUUUACAUCAAAAUCAGGUAACCCCAAAACCGGUCAGGUCACAUCAAGUUAUAAUUUUUCGGGUCGAAUUAGAAUUCAGGUUAAUUAAGGUCGGGUUAAAAUUAACUCAACCUGACCUGAUUCACAUGGAAUUGUUCCUUACAGUGUAAGAUCAAAAUCAGUUUUCUUUCAUUAAUUUGAAUGUAGUCGGAUUGAGCCGGAUUCGUUUUGGUAGUGUUCUGUCACUGUUUGUGUUGAAACAGAUAAACGAUUUUCUUGUUGCAAAGAAUAGUGGAUCUAAAUAUCGUAAUUCGUGUGAAUAAGCAGAAAAUUUCUUUUCUAAAAAAAAUUAAAUAAAAAAAAACAAAAAAAUAAUCAUAGACUGAAAAACAUUUUCGUAAAAUUAAGAAUUAAACAAAAAAAUUAAAAUUAAGAAACAAAAAAAAAUGAAAUUCAAUGUUUUUGAAUUAAAUUACAAUUUUGUUUUUAGCUUUUCAUUUUUUCAUUUUUUUAUCAUUUCUUUUUUCUUUUUUUUUACUUAUUGUGCCUACUAAUGAAUAUUAUACACGAGAAUAAAACUAAAAAAAAAAUGAAAAACAUACUAAGAAUAACAUGGGCGAUAAGUGUAUGUAGAACAAAGUUUAAAAAAAAAGUUGUCUGGAUAAACGAACGUUAAGAAAAAAAACUCAAUUUUAAUGCUGAAAAAAGAAAAUUGAAAAAUUAAAUCAGAUAUAAAUUAAGGGCUUGCAUCCUUGUAGCUAGUCUGGACACUUUCCAGUGGUAAAUU